GCCCAGCUCUUCAAUACGACAAAAUUUGGCGCUAAAUUAUAUAAGAAGCUUUCGCUAUCUCCAAAACCUUCAACAUUUCCAAAAAAAGAAAACUCAAAAAUGGCGCGGAAGAAACCCUCAUCCUCCAUCAAUCUCUCUCCUAUUCCAAUCGGGAAUUGCGAAGUGUUGGUCGAAGGAACUUCUAAGAGCUUCAAAUGCGAACAGAAUCAAAAUUAUUUGCUGAUUUCUGCUUCUAAAGGGAUUAAAAUCAAAAUUUCAGUGAUGGAAAGUGCUAAUAAAAGCCAACAAUUUGGAGAAAUUGAUGAGGGAUCUACUUAUGUAGAUUGUCAAUUCUUGGUUAUCAAUCCUAAAGACGCCGAUACUCGUACCAAAUCUUUGCUUCAGGAAACGUUAAGCUUAUACAUGAAAGAGCUGCCUGCCAUGAACUAUGCUGCUAACACUGGAAAACAAUCAUCAUUUCUUGAAAGAUGUAUUUCAAGUGGGAAGUUCUGCACUUUGGUCGUGUGUCAGAAGUGUUCUGAAGACUCGGACCAGGUUAUUGCAGCAAUCACGUAUCAAAUUAUUCCAACUGAUACACAAUAUGCUGAAAUUCCACUAGCUGCUGUUAGUUCAUCAUAUCGGCACAAGGGAGUUGGUCGACUCUUAUACAUGGAAUUAAGAAAGAGAUUACAGGAUGUGGGCAUAUCCACAGUUUUGUGUUGGGGAGACAAAGAAUCAGAAGGAUUUUGGCAUAAACAGGCAUUUGUAUCAAUAGCAGAGGUGGAUACUAAAGGUAGAGCUCGUAGGCUUCCUAUAAGGGCAGAUAUCCGCCGGGCAUUAUGCUUUCCUGGUGGUUCAAUACUCAUGAUUUCUCAUUUAAAUGAGAUUCCACAUGGUACUGGGGAUUGUUCAAUUAAGUUGUGCUUGAAAUCAGCCAUGAAGUCAGUCUCGUCAACUGAUAAGUUUUACAGCCUAGCUAGUACCGGGGAGGCUUUUGCUCCAGAUUCAGCAACUAGUAUUGGCCAAGAAAACCUGAAACUAAAUGAGAUUAUGUCAACACAGAGCCACCACCAGUUGGUUGUCCAUGAGAAAAUGGAUGCUGAUGCAGUAGGUAAUUCAGAAUCAAUUGAAGUGGUUGCCAAGCAAAUAUCUUCUACUUAUGAGCGAAAUACAAAGAGGAGGGUUUGGGAAACUUCCUCAUCAUCAUUGCAUUCCAAAAGAGUAAAGGCUGCUCAUGUAUCUGAUCAGUCAUGUUCAGAUUCUGUAUUGGUUCUAGACAAGGAAGACAAAGAAAAUUUCCCUUCCGAUGGAAUACGCUUGGGAUUAGAAGAAAACAUUUCAUCUCAGAUUAGCAAGACCGUAGAUGCUAUAUUGUCUGGUGAUGAAUCUGGGGCAAGAGCAAAAAACUUCAAUAUCAUGUUGAUGGAUAUUGCUGAUGGACCUAAAAAAACGUAUCUUACAAAGAUAGUAGAAGAUCUUGGUGGAGCUGUUGCCGCUGAUGGAAGCUUGUGCACACAUGUUCUUGCGGUCAAUGUCAGAAAAACUUUGAACUUCUGCACUGCUUUAUGCUCAGGGGCUUGGAUAAUUUCACCUCAUUGGCUAAAAGAAAGUUCCAGGAAAGGCAGAUUCGUGGAUGAACUGCCCUUCCUUCUCAAGGAUGAGCAAUACCAAAAGAAGUUUAGGGUUGAUCUAAAAGACACUGUUCUUAGAGCCAGAAGAAAUCCUCGAGCUUUGCUCAAAGGAUAUAAUAUCUGUCUUACAACUCACGUUCAUCCCCAUAUUGAGAUGUUUUCAGCAAUCGUCAGAUCUGCUGGUGGUGAUGUAAAUGUUAGUUUUGGAAAAACAAUCGAAAAAUCAAGAACAAUAUUUGUUGCAUGUGAAGAAGACAUGGAGGAAGCAUUGCUAGCUGUGAAAAAUGGGGUUCGAACUUUCAGUAGUGAGUGGUUUAUGAACUGUAUUAUGAAACAAGAACUUGAUCUGGAUGCCCCUCAGUUUGCGGAAUCUCUUUGAGACCUCCCAAGUGUUGUUUCAGAAGCAUUAGUAUUUAGUGCAUAGAUGUAAAUUUAUUUAUCUAUAAUUUUGGUAUCUAUAGCAAUUAGAGGAGUUGUAGUUAGCUACUACAUGGUGGAAUCUGCUGUUCUUUGCUGACACUGCUGAAGGAUUGAAUUGGAUACUUAACGAAAAGAAUCAGCACGAGCUUUUUUGCUAGAUCAUCGAGUGUAUGUGUAAGCUAAGUUGGUAAUGAAGAACAUAAGCAGUGAUAUGGCCAUUUAGAGGAUGUUCAUAUUUUUCGUUUGGUAA